AUGCCUUCGGCCGGUAUCCUCAAGCUCGCCGUCCUGGCGUCGGUCACUUCGGCCGUGAUGGCUCAGGCCGUCACUGACAAGAUUGCUCCUCUCGGCCAAAAGGCGCCCGCUGGCUGCGUGGCCACGGCUCCCGGCCGUUUUGAGAUCAAUGUCAUCGCCGCCACGGACACUCCCAAGCGCGACGUGUCCCCUGCCCGCCUCGAGAAACGCAAGGAGUGCGGUACCGAGGGUGUCCUCGUCAUGUCGCUCAAGGACUCUGUCGCCAAGGACGCGCUGGACCGGACCGCCUACAUCGCUAGUAACUUCCAGUUCCAGUUCGACGGUCCCCCGCAGGCCGGCGCCAUCUACACUGCUGGCUUCUCGCUGUGCCCCAACGGCCUCCUUGCCCUGGGCAACUCUACACAGUUCUGGCAGUGCAAGUCGGGCGAGUUUUGGAACCUCUACGACCGCAACUGGGCCGCCCAGUGCGACCCCGUUGUCUUCAAGGCCAUGCCUUGCGGUCCUGGCUCUGAGGCCAUGGGGGCCGAUCACGCUAUUGGCGCCAUCGUGUCCACCCAGAUUGUCUCGACCACCAUGGUCCGCCCCAUCGCCGACGGCCAGCCCCAGGUUAUCACCACCACGAUCCCCAUUGCUAUGUGCCAGAUUGGAGAUGGCCAAGUCCAGGCCCACACAACACCCUGUGCUAGCAUCACGCAGCCUCUCGCCACGGCCACCCCUCUGUCGCAGAUUCCAGACGGACAGGUCCAGGUGCCUCCUCCCGCCCCUGAAGGCCCCACUUCACCGGCUGGCUCGCCGCCUCCUCCUGGAUCGGCCCCUCCAGCCGACGCGACCACCCCCACGUCGCCGGAGCCCAAGACGGCCACGCCGAGUGACAGUCCCACGGAUGAAGUGCCUGCUGGCCCGACUUCGCCUCCAAGCGCUCCUCCAGUUGGUGCCGGCGUCAUUGCCCGUAGCAACGGUCUGGCUCUUGCUGCCGCAAUUGCUGGCGUUGUAGGUGCCCUGAUUCUUCUGUGA